GCUAAAGGCUAAAGAGGGAGAUUUUUUUUUUCCAGUCUGUAAAAAACCACCGGAGGCCAGCCAGCCCUCAUUACCCAAAGGAGCUUACGGUUUUAUAUGCUUUCACGUGACAUAUGUGCACACUGAGGAAAUCACUGAAAGCCCCACUAAUCCUCUCAGCUGCUCAUCCUUUGUAAGGUGGAGAAGGAUGUGUUUCAGAACACGCUACAAGGAAUUUUUAAAAAUUAAUCUGUGGAUUUAUUGCCUAUCUUUGACUGCAGUAAAAGAUUUGUAAAAUGGAUUUAUCAGUAUAUUUUUUUUUUGGUAGCUUCCCUGUGGAAACAGAUUUUAUUAGACACAACAACCUCAGCCAUCUGAAAACGACAGCUACAGCAGGUGGCUAAGGACCUUGACAGUUCUUUGCAUCAUUCAAUACACUAUCUGCACGGCUCUAUUUGUUAUCUGAAAUUACAAUUAUCUUGUACUUAAAAAAAAUCUAAAAUGGGCUGCUCACCAUCCAAAGGUAAUAAUUCUGGGACUCUUGUUCUCAUGAGGAAGGGGAAAAUGCUGCCACCUGCAUCUCAAGAAAGCCCCAGAGAUUUUAGUGUCCAAGAUCGAGAAAACUGUAAUUCAACGAGAUCAACGUAUGGAGACACAAAGGAGAGGAAGGCAACCGGACAAACCCAGGUAUUUCAAAAAAUGACACAUAUAACAUCACAAAAAAAGAGAUCUGUGCCUGAGCUAUCCCCAGCAGCAGUAAACAUGGAUAAAUCAGGGAGUCAAAGAAGGGUCAACAACACAGCAUCACAGAGAAAAGAUAAUGUUGACAAGCAGGAUGUGACAGACAAAAAGUCUGUCAAAAAAGUAAAGAAAAAUACAAGAGGUACGAAGGUUCUUAAAAAGAAAGACAAGGACAAUCUAUCUACAAAACAAAAUGUGGACUUCCCAGAACCUCUGGUUAAAGCUCAUCAAGCUGCUUAUGGCUUUUUGAAUCCUGGUAUAAACAAAUAUGAUGUUAUACUUGGACUUUUGGAACAAGCAGCCCAAACUCAGGUGUUAGUGCAGCCUAUGGUUGCCUUUAUGGUCCUAUGCUAUGAGGAAAUAAUUCAGGGACUGGAAGAAAUGGCAGAUGAGGGAGAAGAAGUUUUAAAAGAAAAUGGAGAACAUCUUUCUUGGCCAAGUCAAAUGAAAAACCUCUCAUCUUCUUCACCUCUGAAAGCUGGCCGUGCUAAUAUUGAGCCCCCACCGGAUUUGUUGCAGCAGCUGCUUCAGUACACCACACAUAGAAUGCAAAAUGUGAGUCAGACUGUUGGUGGAAUUGGGGACUCUGCUUUGGUGGAGGCAUUGGAGUAUUUUGCUUCAGUCUCAGAGCUUUUAAAGGAAAAACUGAAGGUCAAGCAUGCUGUAGAGACUAGGCUAAUUCAACUGUUCUCUCAUAUUGAAAUGGCCUCUCUGUUCAAACCUGGACCAGAGGACUCUGCUCUGUUUAGUGAGGAUAGUGGUAUUGGGGCUGAGAGUGAAUCCCUUGUGGGUUCUGAAAGACACCACAGACAAAAUAGCUGUGAGUCCACUGGGACAAAUAGAGCAAUUCCUGUCAGUCCAAUGGAAUUCACCUCCAUGAAUACUAGGCAAGGAGUGUCAAGGCACAAGCUUAUGAGUCAAAUAAGUCCAACUGUUUCCCUCACAUCGCUGAACCCAUUAGGUUCUACAUGUACCAUAAAGGCUAAUGACCAAAGAGACUCAUUGCUAGGUUCAAUCUCCUUAGAUGAUGGGGAGGAAGAAGAUAAUGAUGAUGAUGGAGAGAUGGAUAGAGGCAUGGUAAAUGCACAAGUAGGCUUUAGAAAACAAUCUAAUUCUUCACUUGAAGACCAUAAACAGCAACACCCACUCCAUUUACCCCCAAAAUGCAUAGAGAAUCUUCAAAAUGUAGAAAUGACUGUCAAAAUGAAAAAUGCUAUAAGCGGUAGGAUACAGUUUGUCACAUCACAGAACUCUGGUGCCCAAACAAAGGUAACGGGCAGUCCAAAAACCAGUAGACAUCAGUGGAUGGAUGAUGAGGAAUUAUCUGCAAGGAGGCAUCAAACAGCAGCACCUAUUCAGAAGGUAGUGGUAAAAAAAACCCUGGUGGCUAAGGAGCAAUGUUCCCAGUCAGCAGAAUCCCUACAAAGCAAAGGUGAAGAUCCUACUCUGCUUGUACUAGAAAGGACCCAGAAGGAUUUAAACCAGAAAUUGCAAAAAAUGAGUAAAAGUAACACAGGUCGAAACAGACAGACUGUUCCAUCUAAACAAAAUCAAGGAACCUCAUCAAUAAAGUCUCCAACAAUAAAUCACAAACAUUUCUUACUAGAGAAGAACAGCAUUCUCCAGUCACUUAGAAACAAAGCAGGCCUUACAAGCUGCAACAGCAGAAAGCCAGAGGGAGCAAGUGAUUUGGAAGAAGAUAAAGAGAAGGACAGAAAAAUAUCAAAAGGUUCAGUAAAAGCCACCCCACCACCUAGUCCUCCUUUAUCACCACAAACAGCUGCAGGCCUUUAUAUGGGCAGAAAUUCUGUUAAAAAAUUGAUUGCUACUUUCAGUCAAGGAAUAGAUGAGCUAGACAGUUCUAAAGUUUUGGGGCCUCUCAAAGGAGUACGGAAGUGUGGUGUUCCUGUGCUACCUGGUUUAGGAAAUGUAGAAGCUGUGCUUAGUGCUGGGAUAACCAGCUGUAGACCUGAAUCAAUCUUAUCUGAGAAAACAGAGGAUUUAGAUCGGGAGAGUUUUCCUCCACCUCCACUGGAAGUAUUAAUGGAUAAUUCCUUUGAAGGUGCUCAAUGUCUUUCAGCUGGUGUAACAGAUGAUGGGGCUACAAAAGUUGGCAAAUCACCUAUAUUAAAAAGGGCUGCAGUAUCACAACGACUGAGGGCCUCAGUUCAGUCAGUGACAGUGCUUCCAAGCAAAGGAGGUCUUCCACAAGCUGCAAAGAGUAUUUCCCUUGCUAGAACAGAUCAACAAGGCAUAUCUGCUCUGUCAAAGGUCAACCAAACAAAUGUUCAAACCCAGGCACCUGCAGACCAAGGAAAGCAAAAGGAUUCCUUGUACCAGCAAGCCAGAAAGUUAAUGCACCUAAGGCACUCUUCAGACUCCCAGUCAGAGAGACUGUCAACAAGUCAUCCACCAACAAAUUCAUCUGCCAAUCAAGAAGAAUCAGCUGAAAUACAAGUUGGUGAUAAUGUUUCAGUGCCAGGAACUAACACUAUAGUUUCCACUGUGCCUCCUUCACCAGUAGUGACUAGCCAACCACCUGCCACCCCAUCCAUGUCUCGGGGUCGAAUGUUACCAUCCACUCCUUCUGCACAAAGCAACUCACAUCGAAGACUUCCCAGUUCCCACAAUUUCAAAAGGCAACCUACUCAUACACCAUCUUCAGCUAGCCCCCACAUUAACAGGAAACUCCCCGCACCACAAGCAAUUCAGAGGAAGCUCCCCACACCACCAGCAAUUCAGAGGAAGCUCCCCAGCCCACCUAUUGCAAAGCAGAACAUCUUAAAUUCAAACUCAGUUUCCUUGUACCCUUUCAAAACACCAUCACCACCAGCUUCACCAAAAGUACAAAAGUGGUCAAGAGAAAACAGCAGUGAAGACUUAUCUAGUGCUCGGCUGAUCAGUAAUGCACGUUCAGUGUUCUGCCCUGCAUCUGCAUCCCUAUUUGAGGCCCAGCCCUUUUCAGUUCCCCAGCCACCUCAAGCAUGGGCCUCCGCUGGAUUGUCUUCUCUCUCACAUUUGUUAGAGAAUCAUGGAAGAUUUCCUGUAUCUGGACCUCGACCCUUCAUUCAACGUAGUCAUUCAGACCGAAGGCCAAGUCUAAGUCUGCCACCAAGAUCACUAGACAUCUCAGUGGCUAAGACUUGUGGGAGUGAUCCAGCAAUAUAUUCACAGGGGCUGAAUGCUGAACCAACCAGGGAUGAUGAACUGUGUGGUAGCCAAUCAGACCUCAGAACUAUACCACGCCCUGCAUCACACCCAGACCUGUGUAUUGUUGGUCAUGCCUUGCACAGAGAUUAAAGGGGCCAGUGAAGGGCCACUGGGAUGAUGGAUUAUUUUAAGAAUGGUGGUGGUGUUUAUUCCACUGGGAAGAGAGGAAGAGCUGAUUCUAUCCACUUGCAGCAUUAAUAUGCCGCCUCAAUGUUUAUAAAUAAAUGAACCUGUUUUAGUUUUUACUUUGUAAGAGUGUGUGUUCCUCUGUGGCUGCAUACAUGUAUGCAUUGUGUUUCAACCCAAACAUGCUCUCGAAUUUGUCUGUGCUGAGAGAGAAAGUCAUGUUUCCAAAUUAAAGAACCCAUUACCUGGUUUCCAAAGGAUAUUGUCCACUUUUUUGGAAGUGAUUCAUGCUCCACACAGCGCUAAUUAACUUUACUUUCAGUUUAUUCAGACUGGUGGCUACAUCAUCAAAAUUCAUAUGUGUUCUCUUGGCUCAGUGGCCUUAAGCUGGCUCUCCUAACUUUUAUCUAGAACAGCAGAAACAAAAUGUAGAAUGCUAUUGACAAGUUAACUGUGCUUUUGAAUUAACUGCAAGUAAAUAAAUCAUAUCAGUGGCAUGAACCACUUCAGGAUUUUGUGCCCAGGGUUUUAGGAACUCUGUGAUUGGAAAUCACAAUUCAGUGCUACAAAAGGCA